UAAUAAUAAUAACAACAACAACAACAACAACAACAAUAAUAACAACAUUAACAACAAUAACAACGACAACGACGUUACAUGCGAGCACGGUGCGUGUAUCGCGUGCGAUUUUUCGUUUCGCGCGAAGGUGCGUCGUCACAAAUGACAGGGAGGUGAUCAAUGUGCACGAAAUAUGGCUGAGGAGCUGCUGGUCACCCUGAACCGCGGCGACUCCUCUGGAUUCGGUUUUUCCCUUCUCGGGACGGCGGGACUUCCUCACGUAAUUUACGACAUCGUCGAGAACUCGCCGGCUGCGAAGAGUGGCAAGGUCGAGGCCGGUGACGUCAUACUUAGGGUGAACGAAGUCGAUGUCAACCGAUUUAGUACUAAAGAAGUGCUGAAAUGUCUGCGGCUCUCAUCGGACCCCGUCACCCUGAAGCUAAGAAGGGAUCCCGCGAUAAAGGCGCACGUGCGUCGACUCCUGUCACCUGGGGAUGCAACGACCGAGGAGGAUGCAAGCGAAGUCGCGAAAUCAACACGCGAAGGAAAUACCAUCGCGCAAAACUCUAGAGACGUGAAAUCAUCUUCGAGUAGUGGUUGUGAGAACGAGGAAUCGAGAAAAUCUGGCUCGCCGGUUUUACCCGUUGGUUCACCUCAAGGUCCUCAAGGUGCCACGCAAUAUUCGACCAGAAGCAAUGGUUCCUACAGUGACCCUUCGGGUUCGUCCGACUUGGAGGCCCUUUUACCACCAAUGGAUAGCUUCAAGGAAGAGGAACGUGCUCAGUGGGAGCCACUUUCUGGUGAAAAGUUUGGUCGUCAGAAAAACACGCCUAGGUUCGAAGCUUAUAUGAUGACCGGCGAUCUCAUGCUGAACCUGUCGCGAACGCAGCAAAGCAGCGGUUUCCUGCCGAAGUACCAGAAGAAGGUCGACUCGCUUAGGUACAACAAUCAUCACUCUCACCAUCACCAUAAUCAUCACAAUCACCACCAUCAUAACUCGGUACCUACUAGUCCUAACGAGAUGUUAGGCCACCACCGUGCGUACAAGUGCACUGGCUCGAACUCGGCCAGCACCUCGCCGGUCGGGAUCAGCAAACGCGACGGCGGCCAAUGCACGAGCCAGGGCGACUCUAGCAAGCCCAAUGCCGCUGCGAGCAGUUUCGGUUAUUCGAGCGGCUUCGUCCGUACCUCGCGCUCCGAGGAUCACUUGCAAUUCCAAAAGGACCCUUCGAUGAGCGCGGUGGACAUAGACAUUGACGACGACGUCACGUCCAGCCUGAAUACCCUGUUGGACACGCGGCCGGAGAGCGGCCAGGGCCUGUCCAGCGAGAGGAUCGUCUGGACGUACAACGCGCCCGUCAGCUCGCCGUCCGCCUCGGAGCGCACCUCCUGCUGCCAAAAUGGUAGCUCCUCUCAAUCCUCUUCCUCCUCAUCCUCGAGUUCCUCCUCGUCGAGCGGCUCCUCGACGGAGGGUACCAGUCCGCAGCGUUCCCUAUCACCUGCUUCCCCGACCUCGGUCUCGUCCUCCGUCAUGUCCUCCAAUUCUGGAUCCCGUAGGUUCCCACCGCCGGUACCGACCGCUCCGCCGGCCCUGGUGGGACCCUCGGGCGACGGGACCACCUCCUCGACCUCCGGCCUACAUCCCACCAACGGCGACCUCAGCCAGUCGGAGGCCAUCAGCAACAUGUCCAGUCCGGAUUACAACGACGAGGAGACCAUGGAUAUUCUCAGUGUGCGCGACAUUAUGAUGGUCAGUGAUCCCAGUGACAGUGACUCGACGAUACUCGCGAGCGAGCCACCACAGAGGAGACUCAAGCCGAGUACUGCGUCGAACGCUACUAACGCUCCACCGACUUCUUACGCUCAGCAACAGCAGCAACAGCAGCAACAACAACAACAGGACUCUGCGGCCGAGCAUAGGAUAGUGAUCCAAGUUAAGGGACCGGACAAGGAUUCUUCAUCGAGAAACGCUAGUCCGAGACAGGCAAGGAGAAGGACGGUUCCAUCUGGUGCUGGUAACGCAUCGUCCGUUGAUCUCUUGCCAUCGAACAUUUCGACGGUACAGAAUGCUGCUCAACGAUCCUCACCGUCGACUCUUACCUCUGGUAACGUUACUCCAGAGUUCGUUGGUUAUCAGGAGCUCAAGGAAAGCGAGGACGAAAGGGAGGCUUAUAGUGCUGGAUUCUACGACGAUCAGAAACACAGUGGUGCCUCUCCACCUCAGUCGGCUGAUGAGGAAAGCGAUAUCGAGAGUCUCCAUAGCUUCCAUUACAGUCCAAAAGCGGUGGAUCUACCGUCCGCCGUUCGACUAGCUAAAAGGCUAUAUUCUUUAGAUGGCUUUAAGAAAUCCGAUGUCUCCAGACAUCUUAGUAAAAACAACGACUUCAGUAAAGCGGUAGCCGAGGAGUACUUGAAAUAUUUCAACUUUGAACGAGACACGCUGGACGUGGCUCUCAGAAAGUUCCUUGUUCAGUUCUCUUUAACUGGGGAGACCCAAGAAAGGGAGCGGGUUCUUGUACAUUUCUCUAAGAGGUAUCUUGAUUGUAAUCCCGGCACGUUUAACUCUCAAGAUGCAGUUCACACAUUAACAUGUGCUAUUAUGUUGCUGAAUACCGAUCUUCAUGGUCAGAAUAUCGGUAGAAAAAUGUCGUGUUCGGAGUUUAUAGAAAAUUUAUCAGAACUCAACGAUGGUGAUAAUUUCCCUAGGGAGGUGCUAAAGCAACUUUACAAUGCUAUCAAGUCUUAUCCCUUGGACUGGGCUUUGGAUGACGAGGGUGAUGAAACGACGACUCAGGUGAUCCAACAGGGUGAUGGACCAGCGAUAGCUGGUACUGGAAAUCCGUUUCUCGAUGUGCCAAAUGUUACAGGUGCUACGGAGUUCAAGAAGGGUUAUGUUAUGCGCAAAUGUUGUUAUGAUUCCAAUGGGAAAAAAACUCCUUUUGGAAAGAGAGGUUGGAAGAUGUAUUAUUGUACAUUGAGAGAGCUUGUAUUAUAUUUACAUAAGGACGAGCAUGGCUUCCGUAACGAUAGUUUGCACAACGCGAUACGUAUUCAUCAUGCAUUAGCGACGAAAGCGUCGGAUUACACGAAGAAGCAACACGUUUUCAGGCUACAAACUGCCGAUCAAGCGGAAUAUCUUUUCCAAACGAGCGAUUCCAAAGAACUUCAAUCGUGGAUCGACACGAUCAAUUUUGUAUGCGCCAGUUUCUCUUGCCAACCCCUCGCAGGAGCCGUCGGUUCUCAACGAAAAUUUCAGCGGCCUCUGUUACCGUGCAGUCACACCAAAUUAUCUCCUAGAGAACAGUUGCGGGACCACGAGGAUAGAGUUAGCAGACUGGAAUCCGAGCUGGACGAACAUAAACGGCAUCCUCCCGAAAGAGGAGCUAAAGCUUUAGCCGUACAAAAUUAUAAAGAGAAGGCUGCAUAUUUAUAUCACGAGUUAAAGAGGUAUAAGACGUACGCCUACUUGUUACGUUCAAGACUGGCAUUCACAGAGGUCGAACCAUCUCUGGUAGAGAGCAGUAUCGGUGAAGUGGAUGAAGGAAGCGGUGCUUUGUUGAAUGCUGACGUAGCGUUAGUACCUCCUCCAGUUCCUGAUCGACCAGCCAUAAAUAGGGCCGACCCGAUAUCAUCGUAAUCAAGAUCAAGACAUGUGCUCAUUAUCCAACAUGGAGUCCAAGCGGAGGAAUCAAAGUGUUUGUAUAAUCACGAGUUACAUCGUGUGAUAAAUAUUAAUUUCAUAGAAAUACUCUCCUCCUCCUCGUCUUCGUCUUCGUCGUCGUCGUCGUCGUCGUCGUCGUCGUCGUCGUCGUCGUCAUCAUCAUCAUCAUCAUCAUCGUUAUCAUCGUCAUCAUCGUUAUCAUCAUCAUCGUUAUUGAAAAGAAAAAUAAAGAAAAAAAUAAUAAUAAUAAAUAAAUUUCCGUAGACCGAUUGAUUUUAAAACACGAAUUGAAAAGACGUACUUAGAAGUGAACACAAUCAUCCAUAAUAUUAUCAUCGAAAUACAAUACAUAUACCAUUUUAUUUAUUUUACAAUUAAGCUUUAUCGAUCAGAGUAGGGAAUUCUGGAGGCCAAUUAGAAUCCUCCGAUUUAAUAUAGACGUACUUCGUAACGAGAUACUUCUGUGUAUACUAAUGCGAUAUGAACGAAGAAUAAUGGAUUUUAAAUCCGCCAUUUUUGUGCGCCAAUAUUCGAACAGAAAUGGUUCGCGCGAAGCUUCUAUUAAAAAAAAAUUUGCUUCUAUAUAAAAAGGAUAAGAUAUGAUAAUAUACAUAGAGAGAACGAAAAUGUAUAAAAUAUUUUUAUCUUUAAUUCUUCUCCCUAUGUUCUCGAUUCGAUAUACAUAUACAAAUUUUUUUUUUUUUAAUCUAUAGUUUUGUACGUUUGAUUAAGUUAAUCAUCGCGUACGCACGCAAGCACGAACGUGUUUCAUUUUUGUACUUACAACCGAAGUUUUUUCUUUUUUUAGUUACAUCGGCUCAUGUAUAUACAUAUUAUAUGUAGAUAUAUAUACAUAUAUAUAUAUAUAUAUUACACACACACAAA